GGAAUGAUGUCCAAUUUGUAGACCAUUCUUCCGAUCACAGCUUUAAUACUUCCCCUUUAUGGGUCUGUUGAUUUCCAGGAACUCUUAGGGAGAGACCGGCUGCUGAGUUGGGUGUGUGCCAGGGGUAGAGCUGGAGGCCUCGUCCAACUCUUUUCCCCUUCCAGGAAACAGGGCUCUGUGUCUUUCCUCUCUGGAUGUUUCGAAUACAUUUAAACCCUGAUACCUUAGUCUGUCUCAGCACUCAUUCCCACCCUCCACCCUAUGCCCCAUCCCCAAGAGCUAAGAGAAGUCUCCAGAAGCUAUGCCCCAGAGAAUGCCUUUGGUCCUCAACCGUUUUCCUCUGUACUAGCUCCAGAACAUUUUUUUCCUUUUGAGUUUUGAAAUAGAUUGCCAGCUGAUAGCCCUGGGGCUGGCAGGUGUCUGUCCCUUUUAUUAUUGGUGGCUUGCACCAGGUGCUGAUUUUCCCUUGUGCAUCUCUGACCACUGAAUGUGUCAGGGCCUCUUAUGUCAGUCACUGGGUAGGUUCUCUUGAAGGUUCUCCCUCUUUUUCCCUUGGGAGCUUAAUUUCCUGUGGAUCCAAGAGGGAGGAUGACACGGAAGUUCUGUUCCCUUUGCCCAGGUGUAUCAUGGGGCGUCAGGUCGAUAUCUGCCUGGGCAGGUUGUGGGGCUGCAUUAGUUAGUCCGUGUGAGGAACCUGAGUUGCUUCCAGUCACGGAGAUCAUCCUCUCUGGGGCUGGAGAGCCCACCACCUUUGUGAUGUGUCUGGGUGUUUAAUCUUCUUGCCAGGCAGAAAGUUCUUUUCAGAUGCCUUCAAUUUGAGCUCCUUUAUUUGGCGCAGGUCCCCUAGAGAGAUCUUCAGGAAAUAACAUAUCCUCUGUUUCUGCCCAAUCUGAUCUUGGAGGAUUCUGACAGCGUGACCCACUCUCAAGUUUAGAAUUGAAGGCCUGUUGUUUCACCUGGCUCUGGGUUUCUAGGUCUCCUCUUUUGAGGAUCGUGCUCUCUGUCUUUGAGCCAGAAUUGCACACAGAAUUGGCAACCUUCAGGAGCUGUGGUGGAGAGCCAACUGAACCAGCUAGACCAGACUUUAAAGUUUUGGAAUACUCUUAUGCACUGAGCCUUGUCUGUGAAAGGAAUAGGAUCAUGGAUGGCUGAGCCAGUCCCCUCUCUACUCACCCCUGAGCCCCAUCCUAAGCAGCACUUGAGGGGGAUUUGGGUAGAAUGGACCAAAAGGAGUUUUAAUAGGUCAUUCUGAUGAAGUUCAGGGUGUGUGUUUGGUGGUAAUUUAGUUCAGUCUCUGGCUGCCCAGGACUUCACCUGACUCGUGAGCAGUUUGCUUCUCUUCUGUCUUUGCUUACCCGUUAGGAGUACUCUCCACUGAGGCGGCGAGUGAGAAGGGCUUGAGAAGAGGUCAAGCCCAGUGCUUGUGGAGCAGCUUGGGCACCAGCAGCCCUGGCCGGAUAGUUUCUUGCGUGUUGCGUGGUGUUUUGGGCAUGCACGUGGUACUCACGCAGUGGCUUCUGCUCGCCAACAGAUGAGGACAGAUGCACCAAAGAGGCUGAUGGGAACUGCCCUGUAGAGGUCCAUCUGCGUUCAGACCUAGAUGAUGCCAGAGCUAUGACCGGGCCUGCAGGCGUAGCGCCGAGGGGAAAUCAGCCAUGGAGCAGCCACCGGAGGAAGCCCCUGAGGUCCGGGAAGAAGAGGAGAAAGAGGAAGUGGCAGAAGCAGAAAGAGCCCCAGAGCUCAAUGGGGGACCAGAGCAUUCAUUUCCUUCUAGCAGCUAUGCAGACCUCUCCCGGAGCUCCUCGCCACCCUCACUGCUGGACCAGCUGCAAAUGGGCUGUGACGGGGCGUCAUGUGGCAGCCUCAACAUGGAGUGCCGCGUGUGUGGGGACAAGGCAUCAGGCUUCCACUACGGUGUUCACGCGUGCGAGGGGUGCAAGGGAUUCUUCCGUCGGACGAUCCGCAUGAAGCUAGAGUAUGAGAAGUGCGAGCGGAGCUGCAAGAUCCAGAAGAAGAACCGCAACAAGUGCCAGUACUGCCGCUUCCAGAAAUGCCUGGCGCUGGGCAUGUCGCAUAAUGCCAUCCGCUUUGGCCGGAUGCCAGAGGCCGAGAAGAGGAAGCUGGUGGCGGGGCUGACAGCAAGUGAGGGGAGUCAGCACAACCCCCAGGUGGCUGACCUGAAGGCCUUCUCCAAGCACAUCUACAAUGCCUACCUGAAAAACUUCAAUAUGACCAAAAAGAAGGCCCGCGGCAUCCUCACCGGCAAGGCCAGCCACUCAGCGCCCUUUGUGAUCCACGACAUCGAGACAUUGUGGCAGGCAGAGAAAGGCCUGGUGUGGAAGCAGCUCGUGAAUGGCCUGCCACCCUACAAGGAGAUCAGCGUGCAUGUCUUCUACCGCUGCCAGUGCACCACAGUAGAGACUGUGCGUGAGCUCACCGAGUUCGCCAAGAGCAUCCCCAGCUUCAGCAACCUCUUCCUCAACGACCAGGUGACCCUUCUCAAGUAUGGCGUGCAUGAGGCCAUCUUCGCCAUGCUGGCUUCCAUCAUCAACAAGGAUGGGCUGCUGGUGGCCAAUGGCACUGGUUUUGUCACCCGUGAGUUCCUGCGCAGCCUCCGAAAGCCCUUCAAUGACAUCAUUGAGCCCAAGUUCGAGUUUGCUGUCAAGUUCAAUGCCCUGGAACUUGAUGACAGUGACCUGGCCCUCUUCAUUGCGGCCAUCAUUCUGUGCGGAGACCGGCCAGGCCUCAUGAACGUGCCACAGGUGGAGGCCAUCCAGGACACCAUCCUGCGUGCCCUUGAGUUCCACCUGCAGGCCAACCACCCCGACGCCCAGUACCUCUUCCCCAAGCUGCUGCAGAAGAUGGCUGACCUGCGGCAGCUGGUCACCGAGCACGCUCAGAUGAUGCAGCGGAUCAAGAAGACCGAGACGGAGACCUCACUGCAUCCCCUGCUCCAGGAGAUCUACAAGGACAUGUACUGAGGGAUGCGCCUAGGGCCUCCCAGCGGGCCUCCAGGAGACUGAGACUCAGGAGCAGGCGGACAGAGCUGGCACAGGCGCCACCCACGGGAUUUUCCUUUGACCAGCCCCUGAGCACUCCGCAUGGCUCCCAAGCAGUGGGAUCACACACACCCGUGCGCUCAGACACACGGCCUCUCGCUCCCUGUGUUCCCUUCCUUUGUCUCUCUCUUUCUUAGUUCCUCUUUCUUCUCUAAUCUCUUUGCUCUUUCUCUUCCUUUCUCUCUGUAGGUUUCCUUUCCCUCUUCCCUCCUCCCUUUCUCUCUCCAUCCCCAUAUCUGUCCCUCUUUCUCUUUCUGUGAGACAGUUUGUAUUAUUUCACCAGCAGCAUAGAACAGGACCUCUGCUUUUGCCCCCUGUCCCCCAGAGCAGGAGGAAGUGGGGCCUGCCCUCUGCACUAACAGUCACCUGCAAGGGUAGGGGCCUCACCUCUGCCCCUGUCUUCAUAUCAAAAGACUCGAGCCAUCCAAAGAAACACUAAGCUCUCUGGGCCCGGCUUCCUGGGGAAGCCGAGCAGGGCCUGGGCUGACUGCAGCAGCAGCCCCUAGUCCCUGGGUCCCUGCCCCGAGGGCCAGGACGCCUUCCCUAGACUGUCAUGCCCUCCUGAGGCUGAGGCUGGCACCCCCGACCCAGCCGAUGCCACUCCAGCAGCACGCCCCAGCCCCACUGAUACCCAGCGCUCUUUCUGUUCUUUUCAUGGGUCUUCCAGGCCAGUGUUGCUGAUGGCCCCCUGCGCUGGCCGCUGAGGGACACCCCGCCGCCUGGAAGGAGGUGGGGUUCCCUCCAGGUGGCGGCCUCCAUGCCCCCAUUAAAGAUGAGUGAGUCUCAAGGGAGGCGGAGGUUGGUAGGGAAGGCAGCCAGCAGUACACCUAAUUCUAACCCCAGGCUUUGGGGUCAGCCCCCAUCAUACUCUCCUACCCCCUGCAGCAGCCACCAAGUCCUGCCUACAUUGUGUCAGCACCACAGCUCCCAUCUCUCCACUCAGUGCCAGGGCCUGGCCUCAAACGUGACGCUCCUUUCUCCAGCCAGGCGGCGCUGGCACUGGCUCCAGCCCAGCUGACGCUCACACCCCACACACACGCCCAUGCACACUCCAUGUAGCUGCCUCUCCAGCACACACCACAGGCACUUUACCUGCAGGCCCCCCCGCCCCGAGGCAGGUGGGCGCCCAGAGGGGCCUACAGGUGGACGGGCAGAGCUGUGACCCUGUCCCCAGGGCUAGGGCAGAUCCCUUGGUGGGCAGAGGUGUCCUGCUGAGUCAGCCAAGCACCUGCUCACUGGAGGGGGUGCCAGGGGUAAACUGAUCCUAUUCAUUGUGACGUCCAUUUGUCCCGGCAGUUCUGCUCCCCUCCUUACCCCUGUAUUCGGCCCAGCGGGUCCCCCGGAACUCUCCCUGCACAGCCUCUGGGGACCGGGGACCUUGGCGGGCCCAGUCCCACUCCUCUGGCCCCUUCCCCUACCCUCCCUCUCCUCCCAAGUGAAGUGCACUUGCCUCAGAGGAGUGGCUGAAGGGUAGCGUGAGUGCUGUGUCUGAGCAGGAGGGUAGAGAGCCCGCCCAGGCUGCUCUUCCAGAGAGCAGGCUGGCUGGGGUCUCUGAGAAAGGUAGUGGAAGACGAGUGGUUAGAGCCCAGGCUUCCUGGCUCCUGUCUGGUCCUCCUUCCCAAGGGGCCUUUCCAUCUGCCCCUGCCAGUGCUGUGGUUUCUGUGCCUCCUGUGCCCCAGAACCACUCUCUGUUGGCAGGAUUCUUCCCUCUCCCCUCCCACCCUCUGCUGACCAGGGAGUUGGCUUGGGUGCAUCCUUUGGCCAGCGCUGUGAAGAAAGAGAUGCUGUGCCUGACCUGCCCCUCCCCGCCACACGCCCGUCCGCAUCCCCCACCCAGGUCUGAUGCUGAGAAUAUAGCUCUUCUCAGUGUCUGAACAAUCUCCAAAAUUGAAAUGUAUAUUUUUGCUAGGAGCCCCAGCUUCCUGUGUUUUUAAUAUAAAUAGUGUACACAGACUGACAGAACUUUAAAUAAAUGGAAAUUAAAUAUUUAA